AUGUCUCAGGGCGUGACCUACGCUGACCUGAGGUUCGUGAGGAGCCCUCUGGAGAAGAGCCAGCCGGAAGGCUCAGAGCCCCCACAGGGCUCCCCUCCCAGGUGCCUCCUCACCCCAUCUCCUCUCCCAGAGGCCGGCCAUGACGGGGAGCUCACCUAUGAGAACAUCCAGGGGCCCAGAGCCCAGGAAGAGAAGGCUCUCGGCAGCCCCAAGGGCACUCCAGGGUCAGACCGUCGGACGUGGUACGCGGCCGUGGCUGUGCUGGGCACCUGCCUCUUUCUUCUAGCCACCACCAUAGGACUUGGUGUCCGAACCUGGAAGGUCUCGCAGCAGCUCCAGCAGGCCUCCCACGAGCACGUGGCAGAGAGCAGCAUCCUGACACAGAGAAUCGAGGCCAAGGAAGGGAGCCUGGCACAGACCCAGCUCCGGCUGGACCAGGCCGAGGCAGAGCUCAGCUCCACCAGGCUGGCCCUUCACGAGAGCUGGGCAGCCGGAAACGAGACCCUGCAGCAGCUGCAGCUGCGAGAAGACUCGCUGAGGCGAAUGAGCGACAAUCUGGCUCGUGUGUCGCAGGAGAAGGGCGAACAACUGCGGCAACUAGAAGGGAAGCUGAGGGAAGCGGCGGACACUCUGGCUCGCGAGCAGCAGGUCCGGGAGAAAACGGAGGCAGACCUGCGCCAGGCCACGUCUUGCCAGCAGAUGGGCUGUUGUCCUGAUGGAUGGAAGCUCUUCAGAUGGAAAUGCCUGUGGAUUUCAACAGAUCAAAAGACUUGGGCAGACAGCAAGGCCAGCUGUAAAAGCGAACAGUCUCAGCUGCUUAUUUUAAAGCCCUGGAGUGCAAGAGAACUAUGGGAUGCUGUACUAGUAAACUAUGCACAGCAUUAUCCUCAAUCAUAUGGAUACUGGAUUGGACUUAAUAAAACGUGGCCUAGCAAGUUUACGUCCAAGUAUAUUUUGCUUUGGGACGACGGGUCUCGCUAUGAAGGAACUGAGAAACCUCUUGGUAAUUACUAUGAUGAUUUUAUCAAAAUUCACAAUGGAGCCCUGGAAUAUGGUUGGCGUAAUACACUGCAGCAAUACAUCUGUGAGAAGGCGGCCAACUCAAUACAGCCCAGCUAAUCUCCCGGUCAACAGGUGGAAAGACCUGAGGUGGCCAAGGAGGUGCAAAGUGGAGGUGUGUCCUGACCCCGAGCUUUGACCUGGAACCUG